AUGUCGGAUUCCGUACUAGAAAUCAAUGAUUCUAUUGCUUCCGACAGUUGUGAAGGGGACAAAUUUCAGAAACGGGGAAUUCAUAGAGCCGAUUCCUCGGAACCCCGCAGUACCAACAUACAUGUUUUGGGUUCUACCGAUAUAGGAAUAUUCGGGUACAGGUUCAAGGGUCCCGAGAAUUUUACUAAUCAUUCUAAUGCAGAGCUUUUGAAUUCGGAGAUUUUGCAUUAUAUUGAGCAUAGACGUUCCUCUUUGAAUCGUAUUAAUUCCAAAGAUUCCAAGGGCAGUUAUUUCGGCAACUCCCCUGGCCUCCACGAGAUGUCGAAAUUUCCUCUCAAGUUUAACAGUUUUUCAAUGGAAAUGUUGUUUUCUCUCAAUUUAAACGAGUGGAUGUUGAGAAGGAUGCCGUUUGUUUCCCUUUUGAUCCUAGUUAUGACUCUCACUUUGUGGCCGCUGUGUGCAAUCGUCUUUAAAAAAUCAGGGCUGUGGAAGGGCAAAUACUAUAUCUUAGUUUUGUUCCACGUGACAAUGGCCGUUACUUCAGUUCUGGCCUUGUUUCCUCUGAUUGGCCUUUACAAGAGGUUUCGCAGUUUGACCGAGAAACUUUGCUACUUGUCUCUAGGACUGAUUAACUUCAUUUGGGGAUGUUGGUUGCUUUUAUCGUCUUACGUUAUUGAGAACAUUCCCUCAGAUGUACCCGCCCGUGACGUAAUUACUCCCAGGGAGGGCAUAAAGGCGUUGACUUACUUUUACAGCAUCUUACUGAUUGCAGUGGUUGAUUCGUUUAUACCCACGAGGGUGCUGAGAGUGUUUACGUUCAUUUUGAUCAUCUUGACGUUGUAUUUCGGCAGUUAUAGUUCAGAGCUCCAGACGAGAGUAUCCUUUUAUAACUGGCUGAGCACCACGAGGAAGAUCGAUGUGCUCGAGAGGGACAUCGCAGAGGCAAAGAGUCCAGACAAGUCGUUCACGCCCGCAGAGUAUAUGCUUAUCACCAUGAGGAGGUGCAUCAAAAUCGCCAAUCGCACAAUCGACGCAGCCGGCAACAUGUUUCCCGAGAUCACAGGAUCCCUGAAUCACAUGUGCAAGGCAAUGAAGACCUGCAUGAACCAGUUGACGAAUAACCCAAACCUGUACUACAUUCCGCACUCGCAGAUAUACAAGAGCCUCGGAGACGAGGCAGACAUCGUGGAGACGUACAUUUCCAGUUAUUUUGAGCCGGCUACAUCCACUACGCCACUCGUAGCUACGUGGAGUGUGAAUAUGAAAUUUUUAGAAUCUGCCGAGUCAAAGUUUGUUAGACUGUCGGAUUCGAACCGCUAUUCUGUGUCUUGUGACAUCAGAUUCAGCCAGUACCUGGGCACGGUUACGAAGGUCGAAAGCACCGUGAACCUGUUCCAGCUUCUGAACGACUGGAACUUCAGCAUCUUAGGCCACUUCAGGGAGGCCAAACAGCCCUUUAUAUCGCUGGCGUACUCCCUGCUGCAGGAUUUCCAGGCCCAGCACGGCGUGCCGCAGACCACCAUGCUUAACUUCCUGAGCGUGGUGGAAGGGCUGUACAGAGACGUCUCGUACCACAACUGUAUGCACGGCAUUUUCGUGGCCCAGAAGCUCUGCUGCCUCGCAAACUUCGUCGGCGUCUACGAGCAGAUGUCGGCCCUGGACAGGGCCAUUCUCGUGGUCGCCGCAAUGUGCCACGACAUAGGCCACCCCGGAAAGACCAACUCCUUCUUCGUGAACUCAGGCCACGAUAUCGCAAAUUUAUUCAACGACAAGGCGGUUUUAGAGAAUUUCCACUCCUGCCUUACCUUCAAGGUGCUGAAGAUGGAGGAGUGCAACAUCUUCAGCUUCCUCAAGCGGGACGAGCUGCGGCAGGUGCGUCGGAGGAUCAUCGACCUCAUACUCGCAACUGACAUGGAGGACCACUUCGAGUCAAUUUCACGCUUCAGGCUGAAGAGGAUCUCACGUGACUUCAAUGUUGGCGACGAGCUCUGGAGCAUCUGUAAGAUGCUGAUAAAGGCGUCCGAUUUGGGGUCCACCUGCAUAACCUGGGACCUCAGUUAUGAGUGGGCCCAGCGCCUCCUGUGCGAGUUUUACUCCCAGGGUGAUCUGGAGAAGAGUCUUGACCUUCCUGUGAGUGCCCUCUGCGACUCCACGAGGCACAGGGACGUCCCCAAGGCCCAGAGUGGCUUCCUAAGUCUCGUAGUUGCUCCCCUCUACGAGGAGCUGUCCAAAAUACCACACCAUCCAAACUCGCAUAAGGCUAAGCCUUUGCUGCUCUCGGGCGAGCUGAGCGAGUCCUCCAGGGCCUACGACCACAACGACGUGGAUGCCUCCGGCCAUGCGGGCGAGGACGCGAUGCCGAACAACCAGGACUCGGACAGCUUCCACUUCGUCGAGCUCGUGACCGGCAACAUCGACUCCCACCACGCCCUAAACGUGGACGACCUGGACUACGACGAGUACGGGAACCGGCGUUCGCUCUCGCGCGUGCACUGCUCAAACCGCGUGUACGACGUCUGCAUAGUCCAGCUCAAGAAGAACAUUGAGCGCUGGGAGCAGAUGGCCGACCUGGGCGAGGCUCUUCCCGUCGACCACUUCGCCAACGAGGACGUCAGCCUCGACGUGCACCUGGCCAUUCACACCUAA